AUAACAAACGAUAACUAAAUCUUCCCCGCCACCCCCCAGCAUUGUCUUCCCAAGCAAACAUAUCUGCAAUGUCUGAUCCGCUUUCCGUAACAGCGAGUGUCGUCGGCAUUGUAGGCGCACUGCUACAUGGCUCUAAGCGACUGUAUGAAUUUAUCGACAGCCUGCAGAAUGCCCCCAAGGACAUUGCCGCGCUCUCCACCGAUUUGAGAGCCUUAUAUGAGAUUCUCGCCCAUAUCACAAAUGUCCAGGAUAGAUUGUCUAGUAAUCCAAACCUCUGUGUCAGCCUCAAAGCGCCCUUGGAGAACUGCUUGCACAUAUUCGAUGACUUCACGACUUUGUUGCAGGGAUUCACUCAGAUCUCAAGAGACGGGACCGUUAAAGUUCGAGUCUGGAAGCAAAUGGCCUGGGCAUUCAAAGACAAGGAGAUUCAGCUGUUUAGGGACACGAUUACGACAUACAAGGUGUCUUUGGACAUGACAUUGAACGUGAUGACAUUUUCUACCAUCACAUCAUUAGAUGAACGCACCAAAAGGUUCGAAACAGACUUCAAAGAGGAAUUCAAUGAUAUCAAAUCAAGAUUGAAAGUCUUGGAUAACGACCGUGUCGAGCUGGCCAGUGUGACAGGGUGCAAAGGUUCCGACUGGUAUGGAACGGAGGCCGAUUUUGCAAUGAAACGAUUUCUCGAGUAUACCGAGUCGCUAUGUGACUCGCCUCCAGCAUCGUUUCCUGGAUCUCCAACUCAACCUCCGUCUGAGGAAUACGAUGGACUUGAUACACAAGAAGGGACACAAGAUACAGCAUCAUCAUGCCAGCCGAAUGACAUCAACAGCACAAUGACAUUCACUGGAAAGCAAUCUCCAGGAUUACAUUUUAGCACCGCACACCCCCAAAUUCAUCUCGUCUACCCAUCUGCGCGUGACCUAAAAGCCUUCGGCGCGCGGGUUGUAGAGCUCCCCAAUUUGGUAUCAAAACCUGCGGCCUCCUCUGCUCUUAACAGCCAGAGCCUAUCGGGUAAUCAGCAUCCACCAGGAUCAUCACAGGGAAUUAAGAUGUCAUAUUCAGCCAUUCCACCAGGAUCAUCACAGGGAUUUAAGAUGUCAUAUCCAGCCAUUGAUCGAGGUACCGAGGUAGAUCAGCCACCUAUGGAUGAUGCUCCAAUCCCCAAAGCUUCCCCCGAGUCCAUCAAUAAUAAGGCCAAGCCUCAAAUAUCCACUACCUCUGCUGAUUUGGGAAGACUUGGAUUGAAAAGCAUCUAUAACAAGAGUGGAUUUGACGCUGCCAAGGCGCUUUGGCUAAUCCAUACCCGAAAAACACCCCAGAUCAAUAUCGGCGCCGUGGACAUGUCAUGUUCCUUUGUCGUCUGCGAUAUUACGCUUGAAGACUGCCCCAUAGUUUACGUCUCCGAUAACUUCCAAAAACUCACGGGAUAUGGUCGGAACGAAGCCAUUGGUAGAAACUGUCGGUUCUUACAAGCGCCAGACGGCAAAGUCGAAAGAGGCUCGCAGAGGGUAUUUGUGGAUGAUCGUACCAUACACGGCCUCAAGAAUAACAUACGGGAGAGGAGAGAAAGCCAGAUGAGCCUAAUCAACUAUCGCAAAGGAGGCAAGCCAUUCUUGAACUUGCUUAGUAUCAUCCCUAUUCCGUGGGAUACAGAAGAGAUUCGGUAUUACGUUGGCUUUCAAAUAGACCUGAUUGAAUCUCCCAACGCGAUAUGAUAGCCCACAGUACAGACGCUAUGACGGUUAUAGCUUUAAGACCACUGAGUACAAAAUAAAGAACCUGUUCGUAGCCAAUGAAGGAAUAAGGG